ACGCACGAUCCCCGGAUAUUCAGAACGUACCAGUAAAAAUACUGUCUGGCGGGAGAAACUCAUCGCACAACUGCUGCUGCUUUCACAGGAGAACAACGACCAACAGUGCCUAUGAAGGCUUCGGCUUCGUACACGUCGAUGAGCAGCACAACCAUACCGAUCGUGAUAAAUACGAAACCAAAUCCAAGAAUCAUACUGAUCAGGGUGCCAGCGCAAACGCAAACGCACGCGACAAGCAGCAGCAGCAGCAACAGCAGCAGCAGCAAGAACAAGAGCAACGGGACAGAGUGCAGUGCGCCUCGAACUCGCUUUAUCAGAAUACCCUUUUUACCAGGGUCGGUACCAACGCGUCCGCCAGUGAAACAGGCCCUGCCUACGGUGCUACCUCCAGUAAACUUGAAGAAUUCGGCGACGGUAACCCCUAUCGCAACGUAUCCAGCGACUGGGACUGCAACAUACCAACUAGAGCACAGCUCGGCGCCAAGAACACAACACGAUCAGACGACACUAGUCGGUAUACGGACUAUGGAGAUGGUGACGCAAACGGUCCCGGUUUCGAGCACGCCCCAGUCACAGACCCUGGCGUCAAUGGCUGGUAUCCAGCUGACAGGUGCAGACUUGCAGCCGUCCCACCAGGAUAUGAGUGGAGCAAUGCCUACUGCUACAGUUGAAGAGAUAGAUGUUCCGGUGUUCAUUGAUGAAUACCUGCAAGACAUAGAAGCAACGUCAUCGUGUAGCAGCGAAAACGGAAAGGAGAUUUUUACUGAAACGGAUAUUCUUGACUUUGACUUUGAUAUAAACUUGAUUGCCGAGGAUCUUAUUGAGCUUGAGCCCAAGGAAAUGGAUCGGUGCAAUCUGGUUAUGGAUGACAUCAACAACGACAACCUCGACGACUUUAAACUUCAAAUGGAUUACGAUUUCCAGCAACUGUCUGGAGAGGAGGAGACCCUCGACAUGGCCCCCAUGUGCGGCAUUAACUUCAAUCAACCCAAUCAUUGCAUAGACCUUAACGACAUACUAACCGGAUCCCAAGACCCCAUGCUCUCAACAUUCUCUCAGACAUCAACCAACACCAAAUUCUUCAGCGAAGAGCCACUGCUGGCCGACGAGAACAGCUCCGGCGGCAGCAUGUACGUCUGCAGUCAGGAAUCGUUGGGCUUCGGCCUGGUGGACGAUGCGAAGCCAAUUUCCGAUCCGGAAGUUGGCGGCAGCAGCAGCGUCUCCGUGGCCAUCCGACACACCCUGUCCAACUCUUCCAUCGUUGGACUAAAGCGCACGGCCUCGGCGGCAGUGUUCGCCCCUGCGGGCGAGACACAAGCGCAGAAGCGAAGCAAGCUGAUGGUCAAGAUCAACAGCCAGUCGCCGCCUGCAUUCAGCCAAUCAGACGACAUAAGCACACCCGACAUCAUUGAGCAAGUCUUGAAUUUUGAGAGGCCCGAGGCCGCCAACCCCAUUAUCAUCACAUCACAUGCCGGAAUCAUCGAGGAUCUGCGCAGCGCCGAGGAGGAAACCACCACCGAUUUCUCAGCUCCGAACACACCGCACAGCUACUACUCGGCGUGCUCCUCCAGCGUCGCCGCAACCUGCCAGUCCGGGUUCGGCGGCUUCCUCACCGCUCCAGCCUCCCCCGCCUACUCAGUCACCAGUACCUCCCAGUUCAGCGCCACCGCCUCGACGAACGGCAACGCCAGCUCCAAGCGAAAGCGUGGCCGUCCCGCCAAGGAGCACGCGGACGGACCAGACCCGGAAAAGAUGUCCCGCAUGAGCGAGGAGGAAUGCAAGGCGUACAUGGACCGACUCAAGAACAACGAGGCCAGCCGCGUCUCGCGCCGGAAGACGAAGAGCCGCGAUGAGAUCGAGAAGCAGAUGGAGGAUGAGCUGGUGGCCGAGCACGAACGCCUGUUGGCCCAGUCGCAGCGGGUGGACCACAAGGAGACCCUGUUCAAGAGCUACCUGAUGGUCCGCCAGCGUAACAACAGCACCUUCGUCAAGAAGGAGCAGUGAGCGAGCAGCCCAGCGGCCAGCCUUUGAUUCUCGUAGCCAUAGAUAGAAUUGUCGUUACCAACUGAUGUCGCAUAUUGCGGUGAAUAGCCUUAGUCGAGAGAGAUCGAGAUCCCCUGUCAUCCAUUGUCUAGUUAUGUAAGUUGUCGUUGUAGUCGAGAAGAGAAAUC